AGACACCUCCUGCCUGAACCAUUCUGCCCCUGCAGAGGAAAACGCAAUGGAGCACUGAGCAUUUUUUCAUCUUUAUCUCCCUUUCCCCCCAAAAAAACAACCUCGUAUUUGUUUUAAGAGUACAUUUUCUGUUAUUUAUUUUCGGACGUAACAGGGCGGCGCAGCGAUGUGGAUUCAGAUUCGCACCAUAGACGGAAAGGAGACGCGAACCAUUGAGGAUCUUUCUAGAUUGACUAAAAUUGAGUCUUUACGCUUGAAAAUACAAGAAAUCUUCAAUGUAAACCCAGAGCAGCAGCGGCUAUUCUACCGAGGGAAGCAGAUGGAAGAUGGUCAGACACUGUUUGACUACAACGUAGGCCUCAACGACAUCGUCCAGCUGCUGAUCCGCUCGCAGACCGAUGCCCCCGACAGCCCCGCCCCCAAGGACUCCAUGAGCAUAACCUGCAGUUUAGCGCCCUCCCCCGGCUCCAGGUCCGCAAGCCAGAACUCCUCAGCGCCAACCUCACCCGCUGCUAUGGCUAGUCCUGCCAGUACAAACGACAGCAAUGCAGUCAACGCUAAGACCAGCAGCACCACUACCAGCACCAGUAAUGUAGCCAAGCCGGACCCCAGCGCUACCAGUAACACGACCAGUACCAAAAAUGGGUCCAAGUCCUCCAGCCCAGCACAGGACAUCCAGCCAUCCACAUCCAGCCGAAACACAUUAGUUGAUCCCGGAAUAGGGGUGUACAAGAUUAACGAGCUGGUGGACUGCAGAGACGUGAGCAUCGGCGCCUGGUUCGAGGCCUGCAUUGAAAACGUGACACGCGCUCCCAAGGCACAGAUACCCCCGACCAAGGGCAAGGUGGGCCGGCCCCCCAAAAGGACUAAUGGCAAGCUGGAGGCCGAGUCAGGACAGGCCCCCAGCCAGGGCCAAACUGCCACAAGCACGGACAGUAACAGGAAUAAUGUUGUGUUGAAACUGGACAGUAGUGGAGCUUCCACCUCCAAGACAGACUCUACCGCAGCGGCCACGAGCUCGGCUGCAGCCACAGGAGACACCAAGGAGAGGGAAGAGGAUGUAAUUUACCACAUUAAAUAUGAUGACUACCCGGAGAAUGGCGUGGUGGAGAUGCGACCGACGGAUGUGCGGCCACGCGCCCGGACCCUGCUGCGGUGGGACCAGCUGAAGGUGGGCCUGCCCGUCAUGAUAAACUACAACCUGGAGACGCCCGAGGAGAGGGGCUUCUGGUUUGAUGCCGUGAUUCAGACCCUCACGCAAACGUCCCGCACCAACAAGGAGCUCCGGGUCAAGAUCCUCCUCGGGGGUCCCGGAGAUGUGAUAGGAGAUUGUAAAGUUCAGUUUCUGGAUGAAAUCUACCAGGUUGAGAAACCAGGAGCUCGUGCCCUAUCUGCUUCAGACGGACAGUUUAAACGGAAGAGCGGUCCAGAGUGUAAGCACUGCAAAGCGGACCCUGAUGCUGAGUGUCGCUUCUGCUCAUGCUGUGUGUGUGGCGGCAAGCAGGACGCUCACAUGCAGCUGCUGUGUGAUGAGUGUAACAUGGCCUUCCACAUCUACUGUCUCAACCCGCCGCUGGCCACCAUCCCCGAUGAUGAGGACUGGUACUGUCCCACCUGUAAGAAUGACACCAGUGAAGUGAUCAAGGCAGGAGAGAAGCUCAAAGCCAGCAAGAAGAAGGCUAAGAUGCCCUCGGCAACAACGGAGAGUCAAAGGGACUGGGGAAAGGGUAUGGCCUGUGUUGGGCGCACUAAGGAAUGCACGAUUGUUCCCUCCAACCACUACGGACCCAUACCUGGCGUUCCCGUCGGAACCACCUGGAAAUUCAGAGUGCAGGUGAGCGAGGCGGGGGUGCACAGACCACAUGUGGGCGGUAUCCACGGGCGCAGUAACGAUGGCUCUUAUUCGCUAGUGCUGGCUGGAGGCUUUGAGGAUGAAGUGGACAGGGGAGAUGAGUUCACCUACACAGGAAGCGGGGGUCGUGACCUCUCAGGAAACAAACGGAUCGGAGAGCACUCUUUUGACCAGACCCUGACCCACAUGAACAGGGCUUUGGCCCUAAACUGCGAUGCGCCACUGAACGACAAAGACGGGGCAGAGUCCAGGAACUGGCGGGCGGGGAAGCCGGUGAGAGUCGUGCGCAGCUCCAAAGGCCGACGCAUCAGCAAAUACGCUCCCGAGGAGGGAAACCGCUACGAUGGGAUUUAUAAGGUGGUUAAGUACUGGCCAGAGAUCGGGAAGUGUGGUUUCCUGGUGUGGAGGUAUCUGCUGAGACGGGACGAUAUGGAACCAGCCCCCUGGACGCCCGAGGGACUGGAGAGGAUCAAGAAGCUGGGCCUGGCUGUACAGUACCCGCCCGGCUACUUGGAGGCCAUGGCUAACAAGACCAAGAAGGAGGCCAACGUUAAAAGCGGGGGCACCAGCCGGGGGAAGCGCCACGGUGGCCGGGGCCGGCCGCGGAUACACCCCAAGGCCAAGGAGGAGGAGGAGGACGAGGACGAGGACGAGGAGCCAUUGAUGUCCAAUGAGGAUGAGGAGAUGCCACAGAGUAACGGAAGGCAGAAGACGUCCAAGGAGAGCGAAACAUCACCAGCAGAGGAGCCUCCCUCUAAACGGACGAAGGUGGAGGAGGCCUUCCAGAUGUCAGAGCAGCAGAAGCAGUUGAUCCGGGAGGACGCGGCCAACAAGAAAGUCUGGGACGAAGCCAUGGAGCACCUCGGGGAGGGCCCCAACUUCCUGCGCAAGGUGGAGCAGCUCUUCAUGUGUGUGUGCUGCCAGGAGCUGGCCUACCAACCCAUCACCACCAUCUGCUCACACAACGUUUGCAAGACUUGUCUCCAGCGGUCGUUCCGAGCAGAGGUGUACACCUGCCCCGCCUGUCGCCACGACCUGGGCAAGGACUACGCCAUGAACCUCAACAAGCCGCUCCAGGUGCUGCUCGACCAGUUCUUCCCUGGCUACAGCAAGGGCCGAUGAGGUCAAAAACACAUUUAUUCGUAGAAUAUGUACACACACGCACACAUACACACAUACACACACACACACACGCACACACACACACACACACUUACAUAAACGCAUCCAUUCUGUGCACCAUCUUAUACCUUCAAGUACCUAGAGCUCCACUUUAACAUGCAUUGCACACACUUACUUAUCUACAGAUACAAAUGUAUAUUGCGCAUACAGUCAUUUAUGUAUACAAUCAUUCAUACACACAAACAACCUCAGUAGGGACUGACCUCACCUGUUGAACUUGGACUGUCUCCAUCAGCAUCACCAGCCUGACUUUCAGCCGAGGACAUUAACCCCUCCCACCCCGCCUCAAGCACGCACACACACACACACACACACAGACACACACAUACACAAAAUGAGGCCCAAACUUUGUGCCCAGCUACCCAUUCUAUCCAUCGGUUUCCUCCUCCACCCCGUUUUUCUAAUGACUCCAUGAAUUACCAUGCAGCACAUGGUAUAAACUCACCCUCUUUCCCUUGGCCAUAUCAUGAAAUCAGUCCUGUGUAUAUUGCAUACCUGCCAACCUGUACGCAUUUUGUGUACCAUUUACACAAUUUUAGACCAAAACACACCGGUAGGAUUUUCUACGCUAAAAUACACACAAGUACAGUUUUUGACUCAACUGACAAACAAAAGGGAGCAAAGCUAUAUGAUUCAGGCACGGGAAGACUAUCAAUUUCACUAGACCUCUUCAUACACACACACACACACACACACACACACAAGACACACGCACAAACAUACACACAGAGACUGCACGCCCCACACACAUUGUGCACAUUGGGCUUCAUUCACUCAUGUGCGUGGAAAUAAAUGUUCUUACUUUGUGUGCAGAAUAAGUGCACACGCAAAAUUACCACGUGCCUGCAGUCAGUGAUUAGUGUUGGACCACGCCCCCUUUUUUCCAUAUAAGGAAAGCUCCAUUGCAGAGAGGUCAGGCAUUGGAGAGAGCAGUCAAGUCGCUGAAAUGAAGAUAAACACGGCCGCCAAAGGUGAAAACCUGAAAAUCUUUCCUAAUGCUGAAAUCCAAAUAAUAGUUAGAGAGGUGGAAGCCAGAAACUGCGUACCGUGAAAGUUACUGGGUACGCGCUCUACCAGCUCACCCACUGGGACGCCCCCAGUAUGACAGUUAUAACCUACUGCCAGCUAAAAGUGAGAGCAGUACAGUUUUAACAUAUUAAGAAUUUAAGUAUGUUUAUGAUUUAUUGAUGAGUAAGUUUUAUUAAUUUUAUAAUUAUUAUUUUUACAAAGGAAAAAUAUGUUCUAUAUUUAGAAGAGUUUUUUUUUUUGUUUGUUUUUUUAAACUGAUUGUGGUUCCAAAAUAGCGUUUAUUCUGUACUGGAUAAAGUUUUGUUAUAUAAUUUCCUAAGAGUUGGAAGCAGUUCUAAAUUUGUUCGUACAGUGAAAACAAAUUCAAGUAAGAACAUAUGAAGGAUUUUUGCCGACAACGUUAAUACGUAUCGUUUAAGCACUUAUUUGUUCACGUGCACUGUUUGUGAAUGAGGUCUAAUGUGUGUAAGUGGGCCACGUGAACGUCUGAGUGACACCCACACUGCCUGGCCUGUGGUACCAAGGAAUAAUUAGGAAAAGUAAGCCACAAAAUAAGCAUGUAUUUCCGUUUGAAGUGAAGCACAUAAUGUCUUUUGUUCUGUGAAGCAGCACUUUAUUAAAGACACCUGCAGCAGACUUGUUUUGUAAGUUAAUCAGUAGCACACACUAGCAUUGCCCAAUGCUGCGAGCAGCUCAUGUCAAUUGCAAUAAAGCCAUUACCAUGCCUUGAGCUAAUGAUAGUAGCAAAUGUCUAGCCAGGGGUUACUUUCAGUGCAUUUGGAGAGAAAAAAUAUUGGCAGUGGCGUCUGGUUAGUUAUGAGUGUCAGGAGAGUUCUGGCUGGAGCCGAGCUGCAACUUUAGUGAGAGCACAGAGAUCAGCAGGCACAACUCUGUCCUUAGAUUUUAUAGAGGAAUUAAAACCAUGUUGGCCCUUUGGAACUUAACUGAAUACAUGAAUGAGAGAAAAGGAUGGCAAGACAUAAUUACUUGAACAAUCAACAGAUAUCAGAAAUAGUGGCAUGCACAGACUUAGGAGAGUAAGGGUGAAAAUCUCUAAAAAGCAGUGACAGAAAUGUUUUCCUGAGAGGGGCCGCGGCGACUAGAAUCUCCUUUAGUACUCAUAUCUGGUGAGUUUUGCACAGUGAUACGAAUGCGUCAUUUCAAAGUAGAAAAUGUACAAUAUACUUCUGGCGUCUCACUAAGAAGAAUAUAUAAUCAAAUCACAAAUAACAGGUAUAAAACGAAAUGCAGUAUGAAAUUGAAAAACUUUGAAAUAUCAAAUAGGACCCUGCCAAAGCACUUUCUUGUUUAGCAAGGGAGCUUUCAUUUCUGUUCUCCAGCAGCUAGGGAAAAUGUUUCUACUUGAAGAAAAGAGAAGAGGACAAGACAAGCACUUGGACAAUUCUUAGUUAUGUCACUUUGUUUCUACAAAAUAGCCAGCGUUUGUAUUCGGUAUCUGAAAUAUUCCACUUUUAUCCAGUGUGUCGGGAAGGUUACUUUUGAAAUGUAAUAAGUUACAGAUUACUAGUUACCCUGAUAAAAAUGUAAUUAGUAAUGGAACUAUUUUAAUAACUUCAUCAGCGUCAUGUAACUUAUUACAUCUCAUUAUAUUUUGAUUAGUAAAUGUAAUCAAAUCAUUAGUAAAUUAAACCAACACUGGUAUCAGUAGGAGUCAGUGUGCAUCUCCCCCAUGUGAAGCUGUGCUGCACUGACCUAAAGUAAUCACACAGCUCAGUGUGAGAUGGACUUGUAUAUGUGAUGUUUAUACAUUCAAAUGUGAUGAAACACUCUCACAUACACUAUUGAAACACUCAGACACUACUGAAAUUCAUUUAGCUCUUACACACACCACUGAAAACCUCUCGCUAUUCACUAUUGAAAUGCUCCUAUACACUAUUGAAGCGUUACUGCGCACACUAUUGAAAUGCUCUUAUUCAUGGUUCCACAAAGUAUCGCAGCUCCAGGUUUUCCAGUCAGGUGAGAUGAACUGUCCUCUCCUAGAAGGACAUAAUGAAUAGCGUCUCCUUUUAAUGUAUCUGAAAUGUUGACAGUUUUGUCAGUGAAAUUAAAAAAAAAAAAAAAAAAAAAGCUUAUAGUUGAUUCAGAUGAGACUUAAUGCAUUUUUAUUCUAACUCCGUGUAAACACCUUCAAGUUGAGGCGGGGUGGCGCUGGUCCGUCACCUCAGGGUUUCACAUUAUGUUGAGAAAUACAAAGCAGCUGAUGCGAGAGCGGUUCGAAAUAGUAGAUGAGAGGGUUUCACUGGUGUGUGUGUGACACUUCAACGGUGGACGGGCAUAACACAUUUGAGUUAUGUUUCUGAGAAUGUUGCAAAUGUUUAAUUACAUUUUAAUGUGUAAGCAUCUUGUACAGAUGAGUGCUAAAUAUGGCUUUGAGCGAGGUAAAUUAUGUCCUAUAAGGAGCCGUAUGAUUAACGGCGUCAAAACUAGACAAGUGCAGCAGGUUUUUGAGAUAGUUUUAAAAUUGUGUUUGCUGUCCAACCCUAACAGUGUGAACACACACAGUGUUUUUUCAAAAAGAAAAAGCGCUACCAGAAGUGCUUUUUGUGCGCCCUUGGCAGUGAUAUAGUCUACACAUUGCAUCCUUGACUGAUUGAUUUGACCUGUUAAUUCGUUGUUUACAUUUUCUGUAAACAUUAAUAAACAUAGCUGCUAUGUUUAAUGCUGCCGUAAUUAUCAGUUAAUGCUAAAUGGCUAUUUCUAACUAGCACAUCAGUAGACACUUUAUUUUGAAACACUUACCGGAUAUUCCCAACAAGCUCCCAGUCUGGGAUCACACUGCAUCUUUGUGUUCAGUAUGGCAGGGCGAUACAGACACAAUAAAAUAUCUUGAUAUCUGAAUACUUCUAUAUCAGUAUUGUGAUUAUACAUAUAGAGAUGUUUGUGCAGCAGUCAUUAGUAAUAUGGAUGACGAUCAAGCAGGUAAAGGCAAAAAAAUCAAACAGCUACAGCGGUCUAAAGCCAGAGUUCUCAACAUUUUGAUGACCGAGGGCCAAGUUAGGGACCCAACAUGGGAUUCAGAGCCAGAACACAAAAUAACUCCAAAACAAAUAUUUUCUUAAGUAGCUGUUUCUAGAUUAAAAUACGUGCCAAUUGUGAAUCACGUGAGAGAAAGGUAUGUUGUGUUUUCUGGAGGAGAAAAAAUGCCAUUCAUCCAUUUUUAGAUGCUGUAAUGACAAAGGUGCAUGCCUACAAUUUGUGCUUUGGAAAUGGUUUGCAGCCAGUAAUGUAAAAUAAACACAAUUUGUAGUUAAUGAGGCUAAAACAGUUUUGUGAAAACUGACUGCUGGGCGGUUGAGCCUCUUUUAAAUUGUUAAAACAUAGCUGUGUGUUCCUCACCUGUGGACUUGUUGUAACAUUAUGAUUGGCAUCAUAAUGCUGUUUUAUGUUAAUCUCCUUGCACAUUGCAUUCACCUGCUUGCAGAUUAGGAACAUCACUUUAUCCAACCCUGGGAGGUACAAUGAAGCACUUCUCCAUUUCUCCUUACUGUCACAACAUUUUUUGCACAACAUCCCCGACGCCUCCAUCUUGCUAACCGGUUACCAUACCCGCAGUUGAUGAUGAAAUCUGUCUCGUGUUGCCAUGCAGCCAUUUCUAACUUGAGAGCUUGGUCCAGGUGGUGCAGUUUUACCGUUCUUAAAAGCAAAGUACGUUAAGUAAGGUAGUUAAGAAAAGUGCGUGUGUUCACUGUAAUGCAGCCUUUAAAACCAGGAAAGGACAACACUUGAGCUAUAUAACCAUAUUACAAUACCUAAAAUCCCAGAUGAUAUGUAGUCUCAUCUCACGAUAUUGAUAUAUUAUCAAUAUAUUACCCGGUCCAGGUGGUUGGUGUAUCUCUUAGUGGACAUGUCAUGCAUCUCGGUAUAUUCCCUUACUAACAAAACAAAUCUCUCUGCACCAUUUUCUGCUCCAUCUCCUUGUUUGUUUACAAUGGCACCGUUGGCUCGCUCUUGUCAUUCUUCACAGUGAUUGGGCUGGUUGAUAAAAAGCAGCUGAUGUCAGAGCACUUUUUCCUGAAAAAAGCUCAGCUGUUAGUGUUUUCACCUUAUAAAAACACUGGGUCCAGUGCAUUUUAAGGAGAGCCCUUGCUUCCCGUACGAUUCAAUGUAAAAAAAAAGGAAUUGUUAGAAAAAAUGCUGUGUGUGUUCACAGCAACACUUUGACUGUACACGCCCCUUUUAAGCACAACAGCCCUAACUGCACACAAUACAAAACUCAUAUCCCAGAUAUUUGCUGAUGCGGACUGCAGUGCUCUGUCUUGUUGGUGUGUCUGGUGAGGAGACGCUUGCUGUGUUGGGAUGGGGGUCACAUUUGAACACUCUGCAUAUGGUGGAAACACUGCAGUAUGAAGGCCCCUCAGCCCGGUUAUGUUUCUGUUUUAGCUUAGAGCUCCUCAGAUGAGGUGAUCAGCCUUCAUCCUGUCCCUUUAGAAAAUCUGUCUAGGAGUUUCAAUCUGAAAAGGGCACAUAGGACAAAAGGACAGGAGGAAUUGCCGUUCCCUGACUUGUCAUUAUCAGCUGUGUGUGUGUGUGUGUGUGUGUGUGUGUGAGAGAGAGAGAGAGAGAGAGGAGAGAGAGAGAGAGCGAGAACGAGAGCUAGGGGUAAUACCAGGACAAACCUAACAAGACCUAGUGAGAGGAUUUCAGAGGACCCUCAGAAUGAGAGGGGGAGGAAAGAAAAAGAACAGUUGGUAAGGCAUUAAUUAUGGCUGACUGUAGGCUCUGCUGAUUCAGUAAAUCUUAAAAGCUUAAAUACUGAAACUGUUUGAUUCCCUGACACUGACAAAAAGCUGGUUCCAAAAGAGAGGAGAAGGCAGCAGGGAAAGGUGGGGGUAGAGUCCCACCUGAUUUCCUUUGGAUAGCAGAAUAAAAAGGAGGCCUGUUUAUAGGGAUUAAGAAAAUAUGUGAUGUAUUAAGGGCCAGACUGUCUAAUGCAAUGUACUGCAAGUUUUAAAUCAAUUUGUCCAGUUAUUUGGAGCUAAUGAAGAAUGCACACCAUAUGUUUUUUUUGGUUGCAUGACUGUUCUGGUUACUGCACUUUGUGGAUGUCCUUAAAGUUAUGAAUAGACUCCUAAUGUGGCUUAUCAGAAAUUUCCCCUAGAUAUUCGCAGUUUUGGAUGAUCAAAACAGAUGAAGAUUACAGAUCACAGCGGGGUAACUGAAAAUAUUGGCUGGAAACCUUUUGAAUGAGACAACUUAAUGACCCCUUUGGGCAAGGUCGUUCAAUUUGAUAGUUAACAUGAAUGUUGAAACCACAAAGUAUCUCACUUUUUUCAGAAUUUAUCAGCACACCUGGGAGGAAAUCUCCAAAUUCUUGAGCAGUGGAGAUUUAUGUUGAUUGUGAGGCUAAGGGAUUAAGAAGUAAUCUAGAGUUUGUUUGCUCCCUGGUUGGAGGAAUUAUCGAUUUUCCUUUCAUAGGAAAAAUAUUUGUUUUGUCAACUACUGAGCAUGCAGUUCAUCAUAUCAUGGGCUCGACUCAGAUGGCCUGAAGUUUCACUGGUCUUGCAUGGAUUGAGAUCUGCAUAGUUGAGCUUUCCCUGUUCAGCUUUGGCCUGUUGUGAUCAGCAUCUCUGGCUUGGGCACAGGUUAAUUCAAAACCUUGACCUCUUUUUAAAUGUUGCCUUUAUAUGCCAUGCACUUUUAACACUUUUUUCUUUUUAGGGCUGAAUGGCAACGUAUCCUUGGGUAAAUCGUAGUAAUUACGUAGGAAAUCUUAAGUGAAUUUUUAAUUAUGAGAAUGUACUGAAACAAAAAUUCUGAUUUCAAACAGAACUUUUAUAUGAAAAGAUGUGUUUCUUAUAGAGAAUUGCUUCAUAAUCAGCUCACUAAAACACUCUCCAGUUGCAGUGCAAACUAACAUUGAAACUUUAUACAAAUGCUUGUUAAUGGCUGCGUCACACAGUUCAAAGUUCAUGUGAUGUUUUAUUUUCCGGUUCCUGGGCGGACAAUGCCUUGAGGUUCACUCGUCUGUAUUCUGCAGCACCACCCAACGAUUCGGAAACACUCCUUAGUCAUGUGGUUGUGCGUGUGUGUGUUUUGGUAGAAAUCAUUUUUGAUGUCUUCUCAUGGCGCAGACAGUGUCAGACUUACUCCCACGUUUCUUGAAACCUUCACCUGUUGACAGGAUGGAAGACAUGCAUGUGCCAGAGUGUGGAUACAGACAAAACUUUAGUAAUUAUGUUCAGGUUCAGGCUGGCUAUUUCUGAUGGUAAAUGUAACCUAGCGAUGGAGAAAAGCAACAUUUCAGGCUUGGGUCAGGUUUGAACACAAAAAAGAAUGCCUGUCAGGUUCAUGUCGGGCUCAGUUACCAUGCUUCCGACUCGGAUCGGGUGUGGACAAAAAUAUGCGGCCUGAUCCACGCUACCAUGUGCUCUACAAAUCAUUGUUAAAAAAAAAGGCUUAAACCCUGUCCAUGUGCAGACACUAGAUAUAUGGGGUUCUGCUGAGAUCAGUACAUUUGAAUAACGUCUUAAGGCUUAGAGUUAUGUGAAGUUGAGCUGAAGUUGUAAAUGAGUUUAUGGGAAUUUGAUUAAUGAGGUAAAAGACACCAUCGUCUGCAUAUAAACAUGCACCACAGGCAUUCAUCAAAGGAUCUAGGGGGCUUGGACUGUUAUGAUUCAUUUAAAUUAUACUAGUUACUGCCUCAGAGUCUGUAACUCAACAGUUUAUCAUGUCUGAUGCAUUUGUCCCAUCACUCUGGGCCAGUGAGGUCAUUGUGGCUCCAGUGUGUAACCAGUAGAAGGAAAUACAGAUUAGGAACUGAUUUGUUACACUGGAUCACGCAGCGGUCUUCACGCUCUGCUAACAGCUCACACAUGGCCGUGGUUUAUCGCCUCAAAUUUGAAUGAGUAGCACACAAUCCUCAGGAUGUCACAUAUAAAGUUCACCUUUCACUUCUGGGAAAAUUUCAUACAUAAGAAACCAGUGCUCAUCCUUGAACAUCACGCCUGCCUCACAUCCAGUCAGCCAGUACACAUGAAAAGAAUACAAUUCAAAAUCAAAUAUAACUGUAAUCUAAUUUUUCCAGUUGCUUUUGGUCAGGCUAAAUCCUGCGGAUGGUGAUGAAUGAAGAGACUUUUUUAACUCUGCAACUUUUUGUAUUUCUUAUUUAUAAAUGCUUUCCCGUAUGGCAUUACCUCAUGAUUUAGCCAAACCAGUGGAUUUGCCACCUACUUUCUUAGCUUUGAAAAAUACAAGCUUUACAUAAAUUAAAGGCAGAGUGAGCAGUAUUUAUCAAUUGCAAUGUCUGUGAACACAAUAUUCAAAUUUGGCCCCUCCUCCCUGGCUUGGCUAACCGCUGACAGCAAAUUUUGUUUCCUAGGAUGAUGACAGAAUGAAUGCCAUCACCAUCAUAGGAAAAAAAAUUGGCAAGAAAAGCCAGGCAGAAGGCAGGGUCUGCAGAUACACACACCAUCACACACUUGUAGUGGAUCGUAAGUGAUCAUUGAGAGAAAUUCUUUUUGUGAGUCUAUACAUUGUUUUUUAGGAAAAUCCUACGCAUUCUGCCUUUAAUGAAUAGUAUAUUUCUACAGGAAAAUCCUCGCAACAAGGUUACUAUGACAUAAUAUUAUGUUACAGGGUAAGCUUACAUCAUUUCUGCAUUUUUUCCCAAUUUCAUGGUUUUAUACACCCUCUUGCAGCAGGUCUUUGAUUCACAUUAUCUACCUAAUAGUUUAUUAAAACAUUCAAGUUUGAUCUGCUGCGUAACACAUGGCCGUGCAAGUUCUCAGACCUACAGGAACGUGGCUAUUUGCAGUCGUAAAUUUUUGCGUGCUGCUCACUUCACACACAUCUUGUCAGUAGUGGGUUGUCUUCCCGGUCUUUAUCCAGCUCCUACCAUCACACACUAUCAAAUGUUACUCAACAUGGCUGCAAGGGUAAUAAGAGUCUCUGCACAUAUGUUUCUGUGGCCUGAAAUCCUAACAAGUCCAGGCAAGUCCAAGAAAUAAACAAUCCCAGCACAAUAUUUUAGAAACAAAACAUUUGUUGGACUUCAAAACUUAACAGGAAUGGGCAUCUUUUACAGCGCUGGUAUGGUACUUUUAAAAAAAAUGUCCAGGGUUGGCAGGUCUGAUACUGACUAAAGCUUACACAUCCCAUGGAUUGCACCUAGCCAGCAGUGUCUCCUCUGCGCAGAUGGGUCCCGGUGACGUGAGCGUCACCUGUCCUGUCAGAAGACCACAGUUGCACCCGUUUUGCCCCGGUCUACCCCGGCCCGAGGCAGAGGUAGCCUCGGCAGCUGGCACGGUCAACACAACCUAGAAAGCUCUUAAGUCUGGAUGAAUUUCCCAAAAAAAUGUUUGCCCCCAAAUCCUUCCACUGGUCUAAAAAGAGCUUUGUGGUGAGCUGGUUUUGGGGAAGCCCCCCAGCCCUCGCUGUUCUGAAGCCCACCACGGCCUGGAGAGCUGUACCGGUCAUCCAGGCUUUGCCAAUUUUGAGGCGAUGACAGCAUUAACUGUGUGACAUGCUGCUGUACACAUGUAAUCAGUUUCUUAUCGCUCCACUGAUAUUCAGAUCUACGAUGGAUUCUCCUUUGAACGGUGUCUGUCUGACCCCCCCGAUGUUUACCGCCCCUUCUUUCACUUUUGUUGGCUGGCUGUUUGUUUGUUUGUUUGUUUGUUUGUUUGCUUGUUUGUGGUGAUGUCCUUGUUUCUUUCCAGGAAUUCAGGAUUGUUCUUUUUUUUUCCUUUUUUUUUUCUUUAAUUUAACGACAUGCAAGUACAAAUGCUACUAUGGUCUCUAAAGCUAUCUGUGAUGUGCAUUACUUCCACUGUCGCUCAAGCUUGUUCAAAAAAAAAAUUAUUUUCUUCCUGCAUUGACUGGCAAGCUGAUAGUCCUCCUCUCCUUUCUUUCUCUGCUGUGACCUACGCUGACCUUCUCUCGCUCUCUCUCCCUGUCUUCUGCCCUCCGUGACCUACAGUACUAACGAUUUUUAGACGUCUUGUGGACGCUUGGCUUCAGUGUUGUGUUCUAUGUUUUUUUUUAUUGCACUCUAUUGAAGAAAAAAGUUUCAAAAGACAAGUCACAUUUAAUUUUUCCUAUAAUGCUUAUGAUUAUGUAUGUACGUAUGCCAUUUUUCUAUCAUUUAGUUGCUUCUAUUCUAUUUUAAUCAUUAGUCAUUUUUAUGUGGCGACCUCAAAACCUUUGCAGCGUACGCCAGCCUGAGGAAUUUCAUCGCUUCAUAUUGUGAUCUGAAAUUUUAUACAUGUCAUAAUAAUACUUGAUAUGUACCUAUUAAAUAUUUUGAUUCCAGAAAACAACAGUGCGUCCUGACUCUCUUCCUGUGUUUUAAGUUUCUCAAUGCUAAUGAUAUUAAAGGAGUACUCCAACAUUUUUGGCAAAAUACACUGGUUCCACUGGCAUUUGGUGUUAGCUUAACAUAGAGACUUGAAGUCUAUGAGAGUCAUUAGCCUAGCCCCGACAAAGUG